GCUCGGCCCGGCCCACAGCUCGGACAACGACUCCCAGCGUGCAGUGCGCCGCGCUGCGCCGGCCCGUUUUGCGCCUGCGUACUGCCCGCCCGGCCUGUGGUGGGUCCCGGCCGUACUAGGCCCGCGGCUGCCCGUCCUCAUGGGGACCUGUCGGGCACGGUCGGGUCGAUGUUCCCUCGCGUUUCACGUGACCCCCCCUCCCCCACUAUUAGGGCUUCCAAACGUUGCCCCUCGCUUGCCUUUUCUGCAUAGCCCUGCAUCGUUCUUUCCCGGCAGAUCGGCCCGAAAGGCCCUCACAGUUACCGUAUGGCCUUCCAGGGUCGUUUCAUUUUGAGAGAGCACGAGGGGCGAGGGGAGGCAGUGGCGCUUUAAGUCAUCGUAGUCACUUGAGGAGCUUACCGGAAUCUACGCCAGGGCCUGAGAAUCUGCAUGUUUAAUAGCACCCCAGAUGAGUCUCAUUAAAGUUUGAGAGCCGCUGUUGUAGCUCGAAGGUGACAGGCACAUCAGCCCAUUCUCUAUUCCUAUUUCCGAAGCUCCUGCUCCUGGAGAGUUCGAAUCGAUGCCUUAAUGAGGGCAAAUUUGCAUGUCUCCAACAAAAAAGUCCUAUUCACCCCUGUUUAAGGACCUGGAAGGGACAGAGAUGAGGAGGACGCUUCCCUGCUGUGUGCCAGGGCACACACCUUUAUAGCACCACCCAGGGGCACGAAGGCCCUUUUGGAGCUCUGGCCUUGAAAAGCAUCGACUAUGAGACAAUACCUGUCAACCUCAUAAAGGAUGGGGGCCAGCAGGUAAGGAGGCUUCCCCCAGGCCACAAUGUGGGAGUUGGAGGCCUUGGAGAAGGAACCAGCAGGGGGUGCAGACUUCUGCCCCCAAGAGUUCUCCGAAGAAUUCCAGGCACUGAAUCCCAUGAAGCAGGUGCCAGCCCUGAAGAUUGAUGGCAUUACCAUUUGCCAGUCACUGGCCAUCAUUGAGUACCUGGAGGAGACUCGGCCCACUCCACGACUCCUGCCUCGGGACCCAAAGAAGAGAGCCAGCGUGCGCAUGAUUUCCGACCUCAUCGCUGGAGGCAUCCAGCCCCUGCAGAACCUGUCUGUCCUGAAGGAAGUGGGACAGGAGAAACAGCUGGCCUGGGCCCAGAAGACCAUCAGCUCUGGCUUUAAUGCUUUGGAGCAGAUCCUGCAGAGCACAGCCGGGAAGUACUGUAUGGGAGAUGAGGUGUCCAUGGCUGACCUCUGCUUAGUACCUCAGGUGGCAAAUGCUGAAAGGUUCAAGGUGGAUCUCACUCUGUAUCCUACCAUCAGCCAUAUCAACAAAUCACUACUGGCCUUGGAGGCCUUCCAAGUAUCUCACCCCUGCCGGCAGCCAGACACACCCCCGGAGCUGAGGGCCUAGCUCUCAAACCAUGCCGCACUGGUGCAGAAGUAGUAGCUGGAGGGCUGAACAGGCCUGGAAAAGAGCAAGCCGUAACUGGAGAGGCAAGAGACUUGUACUCCUAGCCCUUGAACUUGAACUCUAGCCCUGGAUCUGCCUUGACACUUAACCUCUUUCUGCCGUUGUCCCCUCAUCUGUCAAAUUAGGGCAAGGUGAAGUGGGAAUAUGUGGGAAGGAGGGAGGUGGGAACAUUACCUGCAACCUGUGUCAUGAAGCAGUCAUGCAGAUGAAGUGAGAAUGAAGACUAAAAUGCCUGGCAAGUUUACUGGAGAGCCACAGGAAGUCUGAGCACCGCUUCCCAUCCCCUCCACAGUACCUGACUCCCAAAGAAUGACCAUGCUACAAUCUGAUAAUUAAACUGAAGCCCAGUCCUCCAGGACAGUUAAGGCUGAAAUGUUCAGUUGUUCAGUUAAGGCAGUUCCAGAAGAUGAUCGCUCUUCCUAGCUGGAAUCCCCCUGUGUCUGGACCAGGAGAAGAAGUCAGCUAGCCCCUUGUGGACCCUGUGAUAGGCCUGGCCCCAUGGACUGAAGAGCAAGGAAAAGAAAUCACCCUAAAAACCUGCCUGAGAAAAUCAGAUAAGAUCCAGAAAAGACCAGAUAUAAGAAGCAGGAAAAAGGAUUCUGUGACCAGUUGAGUUCCUAGGACUAGGAAAGGUACCAAUGUUACAUUCUACUGCCGCUCCAGAGGGAAGGUGGCCCUUCAGCCCAGUCCCUCAUCUUCAGGGACAGCAUUUCUGGACCAGUCCCAGGAUUAGGCAGUUAGGGUAAAUCCAGUCAGGAAUGAAUGGCCCUGGAAACUGGAGACAGCCUUCUCCAUGGGCAGUGUGAACAGAUACUGACUAGCUCAGGAGACCAAUCAAAUAACAGUUUACCUUUGGUUCCCAUGCCUGGCAAUGUUCAACCAGAACCAAGAUCACCUAUUAGCAGAGAUAUUGUAGGAGACUGGGAUCCCUUCUGGCAGUGAAACAAGAUAACUUUGAUGUCUCAUAGCUAAGAUUGCAUUUCCCCUGCAUGGCGGAAGUUUAAACAGAGAAUUAAAGUAUAUAUGUCUGGUUCAAAUGGGAGCCACUUUCUCAGUUAUGAGUCCCUUCAGCCCCAAUUCCAGGGUACCUAGUUCUCCCCUCUCAUCCUGGGCUCCUUUGUGGCAUUUCCUUUCUUAGAUGACCUGAGUUCCAGGCUCUAAAGUGACCAAAGUGGGCCACUCUUGUUCAUGAGGUGAGUUUGUCCUGGCAGAACCAGAGCAUAACUGGGAAAUAGCUAAGACACAGCAAUGAGAGUGAGUCAGUGGUACCCCCUGUCCUGCCCUGCUGCCAUGAGGACCCUUUUCUCAGGUUACUCCCUGCCUGGCUGGAGCACAGCAGUGGGCCUCCCUGUCACUGGAGAGACAAGGGAUCAGCAAGGAGCUGCAGGCAAGCCACAGGGGCUAGGCUUGGCCAAAUGGGAUGCUGCUGCCACCACCUGAGGAUUAAGGAAGCAGCUGGCUCUACCUCUCACCAACAGGCCUUUGGGAGCCCAAAUGGUCUGAAAUGAUUUCCAGCACUACUGAUGUUACCAGGUUCCCCCACCCCUUCCUCCUCCCAGCUGACUUUUCCUUGUAUCAAAUGAUGACCAGUAUACUGAUCUUCCAACCCUUUGCUUAUGAUAGAUGGCUUAAAUAAUAACUUAGAUUGGUCAUAAAAAAAAUAAUCUUCAGUAUGUUAUGUAUUAGCGGUGACAUAAUGCAUGCAGCAUACCUAAACAUAACUCAUUAAAGAUCCCUAGUUACAUGUA